UUUAGGCACACCCGACAGACAGAGAGAAAUCACAUUUCACAACACAUGAUUGUUUGAAAUUCUUUAACACGUUAUCGUGAAUCGUGAUGGCAGCAAAAAGUAGCCAAGUGUCAUACUCGUUAAAGUAAUAUAAUUAAAUCACUCAAUUUUGUUGGAAAAUUUCUAAAAGCAUCGACAAAAACAUCAAUUAAACAAUAAUCAUGAAAAUAUUUUCUAGUGUUUGUGCUACUUUUGAUAGUGAUUUUACCAUCUGGUUACCUCCACGGGAGGAACUCCAGAACUUUAUUGAACAUUUGUCAGGAUUUGAAAUCAGAGCAUCAGAAAAUGAUGGACAACUAUGUAUAGUAGGAACUUUAGAAGCAAUGGUAUCUAUCAAGGAUUCAUUAAGCAAUUUUAUUUUGGUAAAUGAAGAAGAGGAUGGCAGAACUGAAAUUAAUCUUGAAACUCCAGGUGUGAGUGAUGAACCAAAUAACUAUUCCAACAGUUCUAUUCAACAGUUGGAGGAACUAUCCUUUGAGAAUGAAAUUUCUUCAGACUUUAAUGAUGUUGAAGGAAGUGAGAAUUGUCUGAACAUAGAAGUUUUGCAUUCGAAAUCAAAACAAGAAGCUAAAAAGAAAGAAUUUAAGUUUUCAUGUUCUCUUUGCUCUUUUAAGAGUCAAAGAGAAAGUCAUUAUCAGAAGCAUAUGAAUCUCCAUGAAACCAAUUCAACCAUCUUCCACUGUGACAAGUGUAAUUUCAGCACUUUAAGGUUAACCCAUUUAAGACACCAUCAGAUUACCCACAGUGCAAAACCAACUAUGUGCCCAACUGUUGCAUGUAGCUACAGUACAGAUAAUGCAAAACUUCUUAUCAAACAUCAACGUUUGAAACAUAAAGUUGUUUCCUCGCGUACCGAUCAAGUUAUUCGAAAUUGCCCUGCUUGUUCAUACAAAACCACGAGUCUUUACUUGUAUGAACGACAUAUGAAAAUACAUUCUGCGGAGGAAAAUAAAGGUGGACCCAAUUUAUUUAUUUGUAAUCAGUGUGACUAUCGAACAACAAGGAAAAUGCAUUAUGUUCGUCACGUCCGUGAUGUUCAUCGUGAGUGGCGUCCGUACCUGUGUGACUUGUGUGGAAAAGCAUUCAAGAGACCGGAUGCAUUGAAACAACACAACAUACUCCAUUCGACACCGGAAAAAGAUGGCUCAUUUCCAUUUCAGUGCCUCGUCAAAAGUUGUUUGAAGAAAUGUCAUUCAAAAGCACAUUUAAAUGUAUUCAACGCAAUCUUACAGAACACCAAACGGUCCACUCUUCUGAACGAUCAUUCCUUUGUGAGAUCUGCGGGGCGUCAUUCAAAACGCGCUCGAUUCAACGUAAGCACAUUGCAAACUUACACCAAAACCCCCGCGCUUUUCUUUGUAAUUUUUGCAAUAAGCGCUUUAACACAAACUACGCGUUGCGGAGACACAUGAAACAGCAUCCAUCCAUUGCAAAUACCGAUGAAUGUCAAUCUGCCAAAUUAGUCACCUUGGUCUUGCCGGUUGUUGGACAACAUAUCACUGAAGAGACUGUAAUUACUACUGAAGAAGUCUGACGGUAUGUGAGAGACCAUGACAUAAUUUAUUGACGGAAGAGUUCCAAAGCGAAAAGUCGUAAUUUCGGGAUGUAAACUUCUUUUUUAUUUUAAUUUUUGAAAAUUCCUUAUUAGUUUCCUGUCAAUUUUCAUCUAUUAAAUACACUUUUUUCCAGUCCGGAGA